AGUGCAAUAGUCAUAGUAGUGACAACAGCCUGUGUUGCUCUUUUGAUUUUCGCGUAUUAUAAAAUAGGAGAUUUUCGGUAACCCGUUGCGAGAAAAUUCAUCAAAGUGUCGGUAUCAAGCAGCGUCCUUCCUGGAGCCAUCACGGUGAAGAUGUUGAUGCUUCAGGACGGUCCCGAUAUCGCUCCAGUCGAAUCUUCUGGCGAAUGGCACAGCGCGACGUUUUGGGUGUUCGUGGUGGGAGCGGCUGCGCUGGUGGCAGCGAUGCUCGCCGCACUCGCCUGCUGGGUGGCGCGGCGCCGGGCCUCCCUUGCGCAUAAACUUGGUGGCAAGCGCGGUCCGGACAAGGCGUUGGUGUUCCAGCCGCCACGACGCGCUACUGCUGUGCGCUCGCCGGGAUCCGCUACGCACUAUCUGCGCAAGUCCCCAUCGCCCACCGCAUCUGCUCCUACACCAGCAACGUCUCCACCACAGCCUCAACCACCGGCACCGAAAGAGCUGUCGCCCGGCGGCAACAGCCCGCACAGCCCUACCGCGCCCACAGAGCCCGCGCCGCUCAGCAAGGAGCUGGCCGAUGCCACCGCCACCGAGAAGAUCAAGCCCACGGAGCCGGAGAACAACGAUGGUCGUCUAGGCGAUUUGCAUUUCAAAUUGCGGUAUGAGAAUGAGAAAAGUGCGCUUGUGGUGUCGGUCGUGUCUUGCCAAGGGCUGCCAGGCCGCGAGCCAGCCGGACCGGACCCGUAUGUCAAGCUUCAACUUCUUCCCGAUAAACAGCACAAAGUUAAAACCAGGGUUGUCCGCAAAACCCGCUGCCCAGUCUAUGACGAAGAUUUCACUUUCUACGGUAUCGCCCCACACCAGCUCUCCGCUAUUACUUUGCACUUCGUUGUCCUCAGCUUCGAUAGAUACUCCCGGGACGAGAUAAUAGGCGAAGUAGUGUCUCCUCUGUCUACCCUGCAGCUGCAAAGCGGCGAGGCUAUGGCACUAUGCCGUGAGAUACAGCCGCGCAGCCUGAAGAUGCGCAGCGCUGGGCGCGGCGAGGUGCUGGUGUCGCUGUGCUGGCAGCCGGCCGCCGCGCGCCUCACUGUCGUGCUGCUCAAGGCGCGCAACUUGCCCAAGAUGGACGUCACCGGACUCGCCGACCCCUACGUGAAGAUGUACCUGCUGUACAAUGGGCAGCGCAUCGCAAAGAAGAAGACGCACGUGAAGAAGCGCACGCUGAACCCGGUGUUCAACGAGUCGUUCGUGUUCGAGGUGCCGGCCGCGCCUAGCGCCUCGCUCGACCACGUGUCGCUCGAGCUGCUCGUGCUCGACUGGGACCGCGUCACUAAGAAUGAGGUGAUCGGCCGGCUGGAGCUGGGCGCCAACGGCACGGGCAGCGCGCGGCACCACUGGCGCGAGGUGCAGGCCGCGCCGCGCCGCCAGAUCGCCGACUGGCACAAACUCAAGGAGUGAACGCGCCCCGCCGCGCUGCACCCCUCCCCCACCACCACCUCCCCACCCCGCCCUGCCCCGCGAGCCAACACUGCGCUGCACUCUGCAGUGACCAACCACUCACCUCCACCCACACCCACAGUGACUCACCGCCUCUGAACACUACCCCUUACAUUUCCCGAACACCACUCUCUUGAUAUAACCGUACCUGCAAUAACCCACCACCACACCUCGCCCUGCCCUGUCGCGACUCAAUGCUUUGAUCCACAGCAGUGACCAACUCCACUUCGAAACCAUACCACAGUAUUAUAAUGUGUUCUUGAUAUGCAAGAUAAUAAGAUUAUUUGUCACAGUUUAAAGACCUAAUUAAACUGUGCUUUUGAUUUUGACAGCAUGCGUAUGCGAAAUAUUUUGACCACGCAUUUGAUACAUCAGCUGUAGAUAAAGCUGUGACCACUCUCCUAUAUCUCUCCAACUCUACAAUUCCUGAACUACUUACGAUGCUUGCGCACUAAACAUCGCCUCCAAUUACCCGCUUUUAACUCCCAAUUAGUAAUAUAAAAGUAAAAUAUUGCCUACAUAGUCUAAAUAAAAAGUCAUCAAUCACCAAUACCUCAGGGGGGUCCAUAUUAGUAUCAUUUCAAUACAUCAUACUCUGUAACUGAUUAACGGACCUGCUUCGGUCUGUGAUCUAACUUUGUUCCACUCAAUAAACGAGAUUCGCAGGAUCUUUACAAGCGACGAAAGAGGGCGAGGCGCGGCAGCGGGGCCUCGCAUCCCGGGCGUAUUUAUAAUUUUAUUGAGUGUUUUUCACGAGACAAAAGAUGCUACUGACGGCAGUUGUUUUCACUCGAACGUAUACAGAAUAUUUUGACGCAACCCCCUUCAGAUGCCUCAACGUGACAUGUAAACAUGUUACAUCGACUUGUAGGAUUACAAAAACACCGUCCACAUUUGCUUUAAAUGUCACACGUUUUUGUGAGGCCAUAAAUCUACGAUACCGCACUGUGUGAUAUUGCUUUUUUAUGUUCUGCGGUCGUGUCAUUAGUCCAUGUGACAACAGUCCAUAUAUCUGUCUUUAUCGACAAUAUCUGACAUAACAUGGUUAUGGAGUCACGGUGCAUCGACAGUUAUAAAUGUGGACCCACCCUGGGACAUACGCUAGAGUAUUUUACAUUGUUCUUAAUUUUUAUAUUAUGUAACAGCAUCUUUCACAUGUGUUUUACAAAUGGUCCAUUAUCAAUAUAAGCUUUCAAUGUGAUUUUUUUUUAUUUCCAAACGAUUUAUAAAUAACGCAAUAUUUGUAACUAAGUUGGUAACAGAAUUUGUAUAAUAGUUGCAAAAAUUAUGUUAAAGCAGAUGUUUUACAUCGUCACCAGUACUUGAGCCAAUGCAAUAUUUACAACAGAAAAUCUUUAAUAGGUUGAAAGAACAAUCUUACAUUUAUAUAUUCCAAAUUAUGUGUUGAAUGUGGUCAAAUUUAAUAUAAUUGUCUAAACGUAAAACUAUAUAAACGAAUGUAAAAUAUGGUUUUAAAAUGCGUAGGGUAAUACUUCUAAAACCUAACACCCUAGUAUAUUCUUUAUUAUAACUACUCAGACCAAUAAAGAAUUUGGAAAUUGGUCUGACUAUUAUAGGGUUAUUUUCAAGAGUUUAAGUUCAGUAUAUAAAUAAUGAUAUACUGUUAAUGCAGUUUUCGAAAAUACGAGUAAAUAAGGCUUCCAAUUUUUUUUUUGAAAUUAUUCUAAAUUGAACGUGAUUUAUGGGCAACAACGGUUUUGUCUAACGAUCGACCCUUACAAAUGUGUGCGUGCGCAGUAAAAUCAGAUAAAAUAAUGCAUUACCACAGAUUUUGAAUUUAAAGAUAACAACUAGAAAUUGUUUGAUAUUUUUUUAAAUUAAUUUUUCUUCACCAUUUGUCUAUAUUACUUAUUCUGAACAUUUUCUGCAAAUUUAGUCGGUUAUUGCAAAAUAACCCUGUAUAAUGGUAAAAUAUUUAACUUAUUUCAAACAUAUUUUUUAAACAUUGAUUAAUUUAUAGUUAUACGUGUAUAAUAUAGAUUUAUAACAAUUUAAUUAUUCUUUUUUUCUUUUUGUCUCUGAAGAUACAUAAUACAUAUUUAUUUACUGGUGGGUAUUUUACACUUAGAACAUUUAUGUAUUCACAUUACGCUAUGGGUGAAAAUAUAAGCGCAAAAAUUACAAAUUAAUUGGCGUUAAACGUUAAUGUAAAAAGCAAAGCUGACUAAUAGUUUUGUUAAAAACCAAUAUACAUCCAUAUUUUAUAAUAAUUAUAGAAUAAAAAUGAUACACUUGGGGGACAGAAUAAUAUGGUUUGGCCAAAGUCCAAUAACAGGGAAGGAAUAUGUUAUAAUGUUGUUAUGUAAUAAGAAAGUAAAUUAUUUUACAUUAUAGGUAGAUAAUUUUGUUUUAAAGAGAAGUGGUUAAGGUUAUCCCUUAAUGUUUUAAAGUAAAAACCAAUUAUUAUCAUCGUGUAUUAUAUGUAUGUAUAUAGUCUAUGGUUUUAUUUGGUUAACAUUAAAUAUAAAUUGGUGAAUUUAUAUCAUCAAAAAACGCACAUUAAUUUGGUAUUACAUAAUAUGCAAAUGUAAAACUAAAUAUUUAAUUUUUUAAUUUAUGAUUCUAAAAUAUAAUUACGUCCAAAUAAUACAAUAUAAUAUCAAAGUUGCAACAACGAAAUUUAUUCGUUUUACCUAUAUUUGUAGAUAGUUCCUUUGAUUAUUUUGUUCUUAUUUACUUGGGUACUUAUUUAUUUUGAAUGCACGUGAUAAAAGAAAUCCAGGAUAAAAGAAAUUUUGUGUUAUUGAGCAUACUUUAUGAAAACAUAAUAAUACGAAUAAGUUUAUAACAUACUAUAUUUUGUAUUAUAUUACUAAUAAACAACAUCAGACUAAGGAAGUACCUCCAAUAUUUUUUGUAACUUUUAAUAAGUCGUAGAAUGAAAUAAUUUAUGCAGUUGAUUAUAAGUAUUUAUUUUUAGUAUACCUAAUAAUAAUAUAUCCCAUCUUUUAUAAAAAUAUGUUGGAAAAAUAUUAAGCAACAAAAUAAGCAUAAACCAAAGCAGCUAAAUAUUGGAUGAUAUAUUAUGAAAUGAUCCUUAUGCUUACCUACCCAACUCAUUGUAAAAUUUAACAAUGUUAACACAUAUUCAUUUGCGAUCACAUGCGAUCACAGACAAGUUUUUGAUGCAAAAAGCCGUUGCUUAAACCAUUUUGACAGAUACCUAAAAAUACAAAAUUUAUAUUCAUCGGUAAAACCUGUACCUACUAUACCUGUAGUAACUAGGGUAGAAAAAAAUCUAUUUUAUACUAAUUGUAGUACAUAAUAUAUGAUGUGGAUUAGAUUUAAUAAUAAAUUAAUAAUUUUACGAGAAAGCUCAUUCGACGAGGCUUCGAGCUUUUAGUGACGUGUACCUUUCUAGUGUUUCAUGUGUCUCGAUAGAUGACGCUUAUUUAUGAUCCAACAUAAAGAUGAAGAUUCGUUCUCAAAAUUCCAUUCUGUAAAAUAAUUUAUCUCAUAACUUUUGUAGAUCAUGUGAUCAUAUUUUAAAUAAGUCAAAUAAGUUUUGCCAUUCGAGAUAUCGAAUGCUUUAUAGUAGAGACAAUAAAAUGCACUCGAACUUAUUGUGCCAUCGUCGAAAAAAAAACAUGGACAUUUAAUAUAUCAGAUUUAAACUUCACAUUUAAAUGUUUGUUAGACUAAUCACUUUUAAAAAUAAUAAGUGUCACCAAUUUACCUAUAUAUCUCUUAUAUAUAUAAAAUCGUCGUAAUGUUACCUGACUACUUUCCAUACUUCGACAUUCCUGAUCGUAAUUUGUAAAUAUAUCAUACCUAAUCAUGGAGCAAGUAACGAAUGCUCUAUCAUUUGAGUCGUGUAUCAUUUAAAUGUUUAAUCAUAUGAUUAAGUACCACUACGUAUAAAAUUUAAAUAAUAAUUUAAUGUUUUUGUGUUUUGAAGUGUAGAUGUAUAUAAUAUGUGUCGUAGAUGCAACUGGAAAAAUCACAACUGCAACUACACUACACGAGAUGCUUCGAGAUCAACACAUUUUUUUACUAUCAUAUGUUCUUUUAGUUUUCUAUGAUUUAUAAUUCACUUAAAUGUUGUACUGUAUUAGUUUAUAACAUUUAUUUAAACUGGUUCCCUUAAUUAGGUUAUUUUUCCUUUUUGUACAUUGAAGCUUGCCAUACAAGACAUAAACGAAGAAAAUGUAAUUUAAUUGAUUUCGUACAUGUACAAGUUCAUUGUUAUAUUUAAAGUUAUUACGUAUAACAAAAAUGGUAAAAGUUCUCUCCGAUAAAUAUUUUAUUAGAAAUAUAUAUUUUAUUUUAUUGUUCCCAUAAAUUUACUAUUUUAAACAAUACUUUUCGAUGAAAAUAAUGCGUUUUACUUUUUAAUCAAUCCCGCAGAAAUUGUGUGUCCAUUUUAGGUCCAUUUGUGAUUUUUGUUUACCACUAUUUUUGCACUAUGGCUAAGGGAUUAAUUUGAUUGUACAUUUUUUUUUUAUUGAAACCAGUAUGUAUACUAAGGAAUUUUAGUAAAUAAAUUAUUGAAUGGUGCUUUCAC